GCUUGGACAACCUUUUUAUAAAAAAAAAAAAAAACCUUUUUUUUUUACGAUUUAGAUAGAUUAACUGUUUUUUUUAAAUUAAUUAAACAAGACCCCUCUCAUUUUAAACGAUUCAUCUCGAUCUUUUUUUUUGUUUUUGUUCCCCCCGUUUCGAAAUAAGCAAACAUGGAUCAAAUAGAACAAGCCGUAAUGUAUGCUCUUGGACCACAAGUGGAUCCUAGCUUAAAAGCGCAGGCAAACUCAUACUGUGAACAAGUCAAGAAUUCUGACGAAGGUUGGCAAUUAUGUAUUCAAUUGUUCAUGAAGGAGCCUAAAGCACUUCCUGAAGCUCGAUUCUUCUCUCUCCAAGUGGUUGAAAAUACACUGAGAAAUAGAUAUGACAGUUUAGAUGCUGCGGCCGUCCAAUAUAUUCAGCAAACCAUGAUGGAAUAUUUACGCAGAGAAUUUGUUGACAAUACAAACAUAGGAUCCGAAGAGGCCUUUAUUCGAAACAAGGCAGCACAAUCACUUACGAUAUUAUUCACACACGUAUACCCUACUGUCUGGCCAUCGUUCUUUAAAGACAUGAUUGCACUUGCCAAAACCCCCUCGGACACACCUUCUCAUGAGAAAGCCGCCGAUUUCUUUUUGCGACUUUGUAUCAGUAUUGAUGAAGAAAUUGCCCGUAUGGAUAUUCCUCGUACCCGUGAAGAAGUCAUCCGUAACACACACAUCAAGGAUUCCAUGCGUGUAGGCGAUAUUCAACUAUUGGCUGCAUUCUGGUUUGAUCUCUUACAAGAGUUCAAAUCCACGAAACCCACCAUUGCCCAAUUAGCCUUGAAGAACAUUGGUUCCUACAUCGCUUGGAUGGAUAUUUCGUAUGUCGUCAAUGAUCAGGUCAUGACCGUUUUAUAUGAAUUAUUAGCGAAUGAGGCCUUGCGUAUUCCUGCUUGCGAGUGUUUGGCCGAUGUCAUCAGUAAAGGCAUGUUGCCCAUGGAUAAAUUAAACAUGCUUCAAAUGUUGAACAUCACAGACAUGCUUCCCCGAUUAGAUUUGUCUGAGCCAGAAUUUGUGGAAUACGUUGCUCGUUUGAUUAAUGCUUUAGGCACCGAACUCUGCAAGAUCUACACAGAAGUCUCUCUUCCUGCAGAAGGAAAAGCCGCAGCAUGGACCAUGAUUGAACAAGUCACUCCAUAUUUGCUGAGAUUCUUGGCUAAUGAAUACGAUGAUACUUCAUCCGCCAUCUUUCCCUUUGUCAAUGACAUGUUGUAUAUUUACAAGAAGCAAAAGAAACAACAACAACCACUUUCUCAAGGACAACAUGAAUUUUUGGUAUCGUUAUUAAAUGUUCUUGUGGUAAAGUUGAGAUACGACGAUGAGACCGAAUGGGAUGCAGAUGAGGAUGAGCCCGAGGAAGAAGCCUUGUUUUUUGAAAUGAGAAAGGUACCCAGGAAAAAAAAAAGAGAGAGAGAUCUAUUGUAUGUGGAAAAAAAAGCUAACCUUGAUAGAACAGAACCUUCGAAUUUUUGCCGAACAUAUUGCCAUUAUCGAUGAAGAGUUAUAUGUGCGUUAUAUUCACUCAUUUGUGAUGGACACUUUUAAUAAAUAUAAAAACGGGACAGAGUUAAAUUGGAGGGAUGUCGAGUUAUGUCUUUAUGUCCUUUACUGUUACGGUGAGGCGCUUCCUAAAGCUGCCAUGGUAUUCGUCAAUCCCGAUGAUACUUUGAGUCCUUUGGGUGAUUUGGUGGCUGAAAUGGUGUC